GCCCCCUCUCUCCGCAGCGCUGGCGGGCAGGAUGUCGCUGCCGCUCGGCGUGCCCCGCCGGGCCUUCAGCUACGACGACGCCUUGGAGGACACGGCGCCCAUGACGCCGCCGCCCGCCGACCUGGGCGCCAACGUGCUCUGGAGGCAGCCCGUGAUCCCCGAGCGCAAGUACCAGGAGCUGGCGAAGAUCGAGGAGGGCGACGCUCGCACCCCCGCGCCGGUCCUCACGCCUUCAUCUUCCACUGAAAGCAUCAACAAGGUCCCCGUGGUGAAGGCCAAGGCCACCCACGUCAUCAUGAGCUCUCUCUUCACAAAGCAGACUCAGGAGAGCAUUCAGCGCUUCGAGCAGCAGGCAGGACUAAGAGAUGCUGGCUACACUCCCCACAAAGGCCUCACUACAGAGGAGACGAAGUAUCAUCGAGUGGCCGAGGCUGUCCAUAAGUUAAAAAUGCAGAGUGGAGAGACGACGAAAGAAGAGAAGCAGACGUCGUCUGCCCAGUCCACUCCGAGCAGCACUCCCCACUCCUCUCCCAAGCAUAAAAACAGGGGCUGGUUUAGUCAUGGAGCCUCUGCUUCUAUCACUGGCCCAGAUUUUGUUGCCGUGGAAGCUGGUGGGGACAGAUUGGCAUCUGAAAAAUGGAGCUUUUUUGGACCCAAAGCUAUCCAGAAAUCGACCAAUGAUCCAGGAGGAUUUACCAUCCAAUCCUAUAAGGGUGCCCAGAAACCAUCUCCAAUGGAACUGAUGCGUGCCCAGGCUACUAGAAUGCCAGAAGAUCCAGUGACCUUCAAGCCACCCAAAAUGGACAUUCCAGUCGUAGAAGGGAGGAAACAGUCUCCACGGUCCCAUAAUAUCCGACCUCGGGAUCUCAAUGUUCUCACUCCAACAGGCUUCUGAGAGGAGUGCUCCUGAUGUCCUUAGUGGAUCAGGGGGCGUCUUAGGCUUUACUUCCCUGUCUCAUUGUGCUGCAGUAAAAUAGGAAAGUUUCUUCCAGCUCUUCAUCUCAGCAAAGGAGACAGCUCUCACUGUUCCUCUAAAGCCAACCCUGAAUCAGUCUUUAAGAAACUCCUGUGCUACUACUAACCAAGCAAACCAUCCUGUCUGCUGUAUCUGCACUGGUUCUGUGUGCCAGGCUGCGCGGGCAGACGUGCUUCCCAGUACAGAACACUACACUCGAACCUUGAACCGUGUUUUGUGGGAAAGGACAAGCUUGUGGUGUGCGAGUAGACUGGCUUCUCUACUUGUUAUCUAAUUAUCUUGUCCUACUCAGUGUUGAAAUAUCCUCAGGAGGACCAUUGUUCUGACUGGUACACACAAGCACCAGCAGAAAACGAGGCAAACAAGCCAGGAAUAAAAUGGACCAUUAACAGAUUGAAAGAACUUAAUGCGGGAAUGUGGUACGACAACUAUAGGAUGGACUCCUCUUGUUUGUUUUCCAGUGUCACUUUAUGAUAUUUCACACCCUGUGCUUAUUUAUUUCUUCUUUGAUUUUUUUUAAAGGAAAAGCAAGGCAGUGAUCACUAUUAGGAAGUCAAGGAGCAGAACCAAGGCAGUAGCAGGGAAGAACAAAGGUGUCUGUAACUCUUAAUAUUCCCCCCAAAGUCAGUGGGAAUGACUGGAGUCGGAUUGGUCUCAACUGAGUAACCUUCUCUUUCCUUUCUAGAUUAAUGUGAAACAAGAGUCUCCUGCCUCCCUUAGCAGCAGUUUUGGUGCUCUGGAUGCUUCUUGGUUGUUUCUUAGCAUCUUGUAGGAAUCAUGUGUAGAAUUGUGUUAGACAGGGGCACUUCUCAAAUAGGGUCUUUUGUUUCAUCAGUGUUAGAUGCACUUUGCCGGCCUGGGGCAGGCUUGAGGGGCGGAUUAAGGUUAAAUUCUUACAUGUUAUAUUGUCAGAGCUAUAUAUUUUUAAUAUUACUUUUUGACUUAACCUUGCAAUCAGUUGUUGGGACGGUUACUGCCUGCUAUUCCUUUCCUGAAAAUUGGGAAAGAAAGACAAGUCAAGUCUUUCAAUUCAAGUCAGCUUGUCUGUGUACCAUCUAAUCCCUUGAGCAAUGGCAGGAGGGAUGGGAAUAAUCUCUGUCUGUGGCAAGCAGGUCUCCUGUUUCCUGAUCCCCUUACUGCUCUGCUCCCUCAGGCCGCUGCAGGUUUCUCUAGCAGUGAGGGGGGAGUCUUGCAUCUGCCAUCAGAGGCUCUUAAGUCACACGCGUGUUAGAGAGAGGUAGCUCAAGUGCUGGUAACCACCGUGCUCUGGGGUUGCUGCCUGCUCAAAAUGAGCAUUCCUGCUUGGGGCGACUGGCCAAGGUACGUGCCUAGUUGGUGUCCCCCUCUGAAGGAGUCUGUUCUGUGGCUCUGCUUCAUCUCCAGCUUCAAUGGCAAUGCCA